GCGGCCGCGCCCGCCCGGCCCGCGCCCAUGCAGGCCAUCAAGUGCGUGGUGGUCGGCGACGGCGCCGUGGGGAAGACCUGCUUGCUGAUCAGCUACACGACCAACGCCUUCCCGGGAGAGUACAUCCCCACCGUCUUCGACAAUUACUCUGCCAACGUGAUGGUGGACGGGAAGCCGGUCAACCUGGGGCUGUGGGAUACCGCCGGGCAGGAGGACUAUGACCGGCUGAGGCCGCUCUCCUAUCCCCAAACUGAUGUCUUUCUGAUCUGCUUCUCCCUGGUGAGCCCAGCAUCCUUUGAGAAUGUUCGAGCCAAGUGGUACCCAGAGGUGCGACACCACUGCCCCCACACGCCCAUCCUCCUGGUGGGCACCAAGCUGGACCUCCGUGACGACAAGGACACCAUCGAACGGCUUCGGGACAAGAAGCUGGCACCUAUCACCUACCCCCAGGGCCUGGCCAUGGCCCGCGAGAUCGGUGAGCUCUGUCAAGUACCUGGAGUGCUCAGCCCUCACUCAGCGGGGCCUGAAGACCGUGUUUGACGAGGCCAUCCGGGCUGUGCUCUGCCCACCCCCCGUGAAAAAGCCGGGGAAGAAGUGCACAGUCUUCUAGAGCCUGCUUCGAGAGGAGCAGCCCCGCCCAACCCGUGUCUGCUGUCGUGUUGAGAUGUUUGGUGUCCCUGAGUCUGCUGUGGGGGAGUGGUGUGGGUGGGGAGGGGGUAGAAGCAUGGGGGACGAGGCCACCGCUCCUGGGGACAGGGCUGGGGCAGUGGAGUCCUGUCGGCUCUGUCUCCUUUUUCUGGGGGCACAGCUCCAGCUUUACCUGGACCCCACAGGAGGCUGGAAGGGAGCAGGGUCUCCCUCGGGCUGCAGGGGCGGGUCCAGGGCAGCCCCCGGCUGGGCUUCCUGAUGGGGGAG